GAUAAUUUUAUUAAUUUUAAACUGUGUAAGUAAAUCCGAAUCAGAUAAAAGAACCUAAAUGUACAUACGCGACAAAUGGACGAAAACGUAACGAAAAAUAAAACAAAAAUAUUCAUCAACUGGUGUUGUUGGGCGAUUUACGCGCACGCCCUGUAUCUCAUAGUUGCGUUACGUUCCCUCUUGUCGAACUACCAUCGAAAAUAUUAAUCAAUCUGUAAACAAAUCGCAAAGUUUUGAUGAUAAAUCCUCGGAAUUAUUAUCGUAUUGUUACUUAUGUAAAUAUUUAUAUUGGUGUCCAUCAUUUAUCUCGUUUUUAGUUUAAAAUCGCAUAACCGCACCGUGCCUAUAUUGACAGUAAGUUGUGUUUAAAUAAGUAAAUACAUUCGCUUUUUUUCCCCGGCGCUUACAUAAUAACGUAGCCGUUUAUCGUUUUCACACUGAAAUAAAAUAUUAUUGAUGAACUUAACUCUGAUAUGACGAUGAAGAGAACUAUUGACUUCCAUCUGAAUGAUCAACGGAAAAAGACCAAUUUGUAUCAAGCGAUCAAAAACGAUGUAAACAGCCAUUUACAAUUAAAUAAUGCUAUUUACUAGAUGUUCUCGAUAAGUGUAGCAAAUUACUUAACAUGUGUGUUGGAGUAAUCGGUAAACGGUGGAGGAUAGUUUUCCAUCGUGUGUACAUCAUGCAUUUAAGCAUGGUUAUUUUGUCAACAAUACAACUAUAUGCGUUAUAUACAACAUACAAUUAUAACGUUUGUAUAUUAUGACGUCAUAUUUAUUUACUAUACCUUACAUACCACAAUAAAAGACAGUUUUCUUCUUAGUUUAAUUAACAUAUCAGUUUCCACAUUUAAUUCCAGAAACCGGCCAACCUUUCAUAUUUCUAGGCUCAAAACACUUUACGGUUUUCCCCCUAUUAAUAGAGCACUUGUCUCCUGUAAUAACUUUUAAAAUAAAUUUUGAUAUCUGUCAUUCCUCUCGGAGAGCGCUGCGAACUAAUAUGUAGUGUAUGCUUACGGGCGUCUGUAUUUCAAAUAAAUAUAUUAUAUUCCGCAAAUGACAAAAUACUAUAAUACGAUAUAUAAAUUAUCAAACUAUUGAUAUCUUAUAUUUUAUACUGAGACCAAACAGGUACCUAUCAAGUGAUUGCAUGCACCAUAAUAUCGUUAUUAUGUUACAUUAUAUAGCUAUUUUUUUUUUGUAAAGUACGGAUUUAUAUGUACUGUUAAAUAUUUAAAUAUUCUGUACUAAAAUAAUUAUUAACAUUAUGCAUAGCAUUUUCAUUAUUAAAUAAAUUUAAAUUAUUAAAUGAUAUUUAUUGGCGGCGUAUAUUUUUCAUUGGAAUUUUCAAAAUAUAAUUUUGUAAAUGAUUCAUAAAAUUUGAAUUGGUGUAAGAGAAUCUAAAAAUAUGAAAUGAAAAAAUAUGCAACAACAUACAAAUUAUUACUAUAUUUCUAACCAUUAAAAACCCAAAGAUAAAAUGUUCAUAAUCUAAGUGAAAAUUUCUAAAAAUGUUAGGAGAAAAUUUCCUAGUGACAUAUUUACUAAUCAAAAUAAGAAUAUGGUAUUAUGAAAUAUAAUUCUGACACAUAGUAUUCUUAAUUUAAAUGUAAAAUAUUUAUUGAUAUUUAAAAGUUUUUAAAUUGAUAUUAUUAUAAUUUAUAAUAUGUGGAUAUGUAUUAAUUUUGUUAAAACAAUUUUGAGAUAUGCAAUAUUUUUCAAAUUAUUUAGAAUAAUUUUUCCAACAAUAACUUAUUGAAAACAUUUAUAGUAUACAAUUACAAAUAAAUUUUUUAUGGCACCCAUUAAUAUCAUAAAUUAAUUAAUAUGUUUAGUUGGAUAAUGGCUCUAGUACUGAUGAGGAAUUGUUUAGAGAACAUUUACCUGCAACCUUAUAUCCUCUCAGUCAUUAUGCAAAUGAUCCUAAACAAUUAAUCAAUGAAUUGUUUUCUGUCGUUCGUGGUAAACGACUUGCUCGACUUAUACCACCAGAGCUCAAGGUAUAGUAUUUUUUCUAUACAAAACAUAUUUUAUGAAGCUAUUGCACACAUAGAAAAUCUAAAAUAGUUUACUUCAAUUUUAUAUACACACGCAUUAUUGGUUAUUCUUUGAUGGUUUAAAACAAACAACAAAUAUAUAAGAUAUUGAAUUAUUUUUUAAUUAGGAUAUGGAAAAUAGAAUAAAUCCAUCAAAUUGUUGAAUAACCAUUCAGUUAUCAUAGAAAACAAUUGAGUCAGAAAUGUGAAAAAAUGAUUGUUAUCCUGUUUGUUUUAAUUCAAUUUUUAUAUUUAUAGGAUAUGACAUUUGAAGAGUUAAAAGCUGACUGUUUAAUUCAGUUGUUGUGUAUGUCAAAAAAGCGAGUUUUGGCUACAUUAGAAGGUAAAUUAAAUCAUUUAGUAUAGGUAUGUAUAAAAUAAUCUCAUGUUUUAUGAGACAAUAAUACUAUAAUUGCAUUAUACCUAUAAAUAAAGUACAUAAUACAUUAAUACUUAUGGUUGAUAAAUUAUUUAAUUUUUACUAUAUAAACUAUUAUAUUAUUGUUUCUUAAAACUAAAGAUAGUUACAAUGAAAAUUGUACAUACAUUUAUUUUAGGUAGAGAAAUGAAUUCAUCAUCAGACUCUGAUGAUUCUGUAGAUUAUCAAAGAGAAAAAAAAGAUGAAACUUCCCAUAAGAGGUCACACAGAGAAAAGAAGACAAAAUUAUUGAAAAAGAAAAAAGUUGAAACAGAAUCUGAAUCUGAGGAAAAGGAAGGCAAAACAUUAUUAGAGAUUUUAGAACUAGAAAUGAAAGCAAAGGCUAUACGCGCCUUACUAGGGCCAAAUCAAAAGGAGGAUAACAAUACACAAGUUGAAGAAGCAAUUAAAAAUGAAAUAAUUGCAGAGAAAAUAGAAGAAAGCAAAAGUGAUGACAAGAGUUGGAGUGAGCGCUAUGAAGAAAGAGAAGACGUUAAAGAAGUAGUUAAAACCAGCAGGUUGUGCACAAAUAUGAGACGUCGAAUGCUUUUACAUCAACAAAAAGUAAAAUAUAUUUUUAAUAUUAUAUACUUUAUGUUAAAAUAAUAUUUCUAAAUUAUUGUUAUAGAUGUUGGCUGAUAGAGCAAAAGCCAAGGUUGAAGAAACUGAAAGAAUUAAAACUGAAGGUACAGUAAAAUCAAAAUUAGUAGAAAAAUUGCCAAACGCGAGUUUCAAAAAUGAUGAAAAGCAAUCAAAUGUUAAUUUACUUGAGAAAAUAGAUGUAAUAAAAAUACCAGGUGAUUGUGAAACUUUUGAGAACAUUAAUGAUAAACUUUUAAGUACAAAAAAUGUACAUGAAGGUGCAAAAGAUACUUUUAAAAAUAACAAUAAAGCUAUUAGUUCAAAUGUGCCUGUAAAUGCAUGCAACACAUCAACUGAUGACGAUUCACAAAAAAGUACAGAUUUUGAACUUGUGUUAAAUGAGUACACACAGAAAAAUUCUAAUUUAGAAAUAACUAUAAAUGAAUAUUCUCAAAAAAAUACUGAUUUAAAAGAAGAGAUUAAUGAAUGUUCAAAAAGAAAUGAUGUCAUGGAAAAUACAAUGAAUAUAUGUGCACAGAAAAAUUCUGAUAUUGAAACAGCUAUCAAUAAUUAUUCGGUGGAAAACAACAAUGUUGAUGAGAGUAUUGCUAAAGAAUGUGAGGAAAACGAUGCUACUGGAGAAUGUACUAAAAAUAUUAGUGGCUUAAAUUCAUUAAUUAUCCAAAGUUCAAAAAAGAAUGUAGAUCUCAAAGCUCUAGUUAAAGAAUACUCAAAAAGAAACUCUGACAUUUUGUCAUUGAUUGGUGAAUACUCACAAAACAAUGUAGAUAUCCAAUCCGUUAUUGGUGAUUAUACUGAAGGAAACCUUAAGUUAGAGACAAUAAUUGAUGAGUAUUCGCACAGAAAUGCUAAAAUCAAUACUAUGAUUAAUGAAUAUUCAGUAAACAACUCUUACGUGGAAAAAAUUAUUAAUCGAAACAAUAGGAAACAAUUAUUAAUUGAUAAAUAUAUAAAGACCGGAAAAUCUAUAGAUAUUGAUACUGCAGAAGAAAAAUCUGAACCAACUGAUACAAUUUGUAAAUUAAAUACAUCAACAAAUUUGAAUACUGAAAUUAAUUGUACAUUAUUGGAAAAACCAGAAAAAGAUAAUAAAGGUGAUGUAAUUGAAAGUAUUUAAUUAUUCAAAUAAAAAUUUAAUUAAAAAUUAGUUUAAAGUUACUAUUUCUUAUUUAAUUUCAUAAAUUAAUAAAAAUUAACAAUCUUUGAUAGAUUAAAAUAGAGGUUUAUGAUCUUAUAUUAUUCUAAGCAACAAUAAAACAUUGGGUAAUGUCUAUGUAGUGAUUAUUUUUGAAAAAUACAUAUAAAUACAUUAUUAUUAUAUAUUGCCUAUCGAAAAUAGUUUUUGAAAUAUUAAUAUUUUUCAAAAUGAUGACUGUAUUAUGGUAAAUUAGUUACUGUAUAGCAGUAGAGUUUAUUAGGGAUGGCUGUAUUUUGGUAUACCAAAAUUUUUUAUUGUGGUUCACUUCACUAGAUGUUUUUAGAUUUCAGAACGAUUAGGUUCAUAAAUAUCUGAACAAAAACAAUAUAUAAUUAAUUUAUUUCACCAUCAACAAUAAUGUUACUUAACUAAACUCUAUUCAAAAUGAGAUUGGUACCUACCUGGCAGCCAAGUUGUACGCAUGAUUGUUGCUGUGUUCCACAAUGUGUGUUGCACAGACAUAUAUCAUCAGUGUAUUUACAUGAUUAUUGAUAAAAUAAAACCAUUUUUAUUUUAAUUUUUUCAUAAGAAAAUUAUUAUAAAACUUAUUUAUUAUAUAUUAUUUUAUACAAAUAAAAUAUAUAAAUAAAUAUAUUUUAGUUUUUUUAUAAAAAAAAUCUCAACAAUUUUAAAAUUACUGUCAAAAGAAUAUUUACAACUUAUUAUUGUAUACUUCUUAUUAUGUGACUAAUUAGUAGUCAUAACAGUUCCGGUUUUUCUGUAUUUAGAAAUAAUUGAACCCGCUGAAUUACGAACAAUACCUGACGUUUGCCAAAUUUCAUACAUCUUUUGAUUGUACGGCAUACUCGGAGAUUUCGAUUUUAUGUCAUUAUAUGUACAUAUUGGUAUUGUAUAUGGUCUUCUGACAACUUUAUAACCACUUAAAACAAAAUAAUGUUUAAUUUGCAUAUGCGAAGAUUUUCUUUGUGAAUAUUUUAUACCUAUUUCGUCGUUUCAACUAAUAUUUUCUCUGAUAAAUUAAUUUAAAAUAACAAAGUAAAAACAAAAUUAUUAAAAUGAUCAAUACUCCUAAAUAAAUAUUUAAAUAAAAAAUAAAUAAAUGAAUAAAUGUGUCACCUGUAGACAAUUUUGACUGUGAAAUACCUGAUGGUGAAUUUUUAAAUUUGAAAUCGGUCAUAUAAUAUACUUGCCAUAAUACUCCAGGGGACGCAUUUAUUAAUUUAUUUAUUUUUUACAUAUACAUUUUUUAUUUAGAUAUUUAUUUACUAUAUUUGAAUUAGGUAUACUUAAAAAAUAAUAUCAAUUUAUUUAAUUAAUCAUUUAACGUUGGUUAAAAUACAUCGAAAAAAAUGUAAAUUGCGGGGAAUAAUACGUGGUGGUCAAGUCAAAAUAGAUAGUAAACAAAAUAUUGAGGUACUGGUUUAAUUGAUUUUAUUCAAACGUAAUACAUUUGUAAAUGUGUUAAAUGUGUAAAUAUAUUCAAAUAUUAUAACAUGUUCCAGACAUAUUUUCAUAAUGUUGUAUUCAUUAUAAUAAUAUUUAUUUUAUUUAAAUACUAAGGAUACAAGUAUCUAAACAGUGUCAAACAAACCAGUACUGAUAUUAGAGUUUAUAAUAUUUACUCACAUUUCCUUCUAUUGCCCACUUCAGGGAUAAUAUCUACACUAUCACUCAUGGUGAAUUUAUUAACAUAAAAAAACUUAAAAAAACACCAGAAUGCGUUAAAAAUCACGGUGCAUAUACAAGUGUCGACACAGAGAGUAAAACACAAAUUCUGAAAUACAUUGAAUGCGUUAAAUGUAUAAUAUUAUAUUGAUAUUUUAGUAUUAUACGCAUAUGUACACAAUGCACACCAAGUAUUUGAUCGCGCUACAGACACACAUUCCAGAGGAGCUCAUGGCUAAAUAAUAAUAACUUAUUUAGCCAUGAGUACACUGUUCAUGUAUAUUAAUUUCAAUAGAUAUUUAUCCGUAUACCGGUACUUAUCGGUAUUUUGGUAUACCAGUUCCUAUCGGUAAUUUCGGUUAAUAAUACCGAUUCAAACCGGUAUUGAACACAAUAUUGUACUAUUGGUAUUCGUUUUCAAUAGUCAAGCUAGUCAGCCCUAGUAUUUAUAAUUAGUUAAAUUUCUAAAUGUUCAUAUAACAUUAUAUUUUGGUUUGUCAUAUUAUUCAAAAUGUAAAAUACAAUUUGUUAUUUGUAUUAUUUUACGUUAUAUUAGUUAGCGUUUAAUCUACCAGGAAAUCAAAAAAUAGUUUUUUAUUUUUUGUAUCAUGUAAUUUUUAAUAAUUAUAUCUUACCAACUAAUUGAACUUAUAGAUAUUGUAAAGUAUAAUAUGCUUUUUAAUGGUUCUUAACCAUUUUCCUUUAUAAAUUAAAAUUGUGUAUUAACUAGCCAGAACUGUUUUCAGGAUAUUUUAUCCUCCAAGGCUAGCUUAUGGUACAGGCCUUACCACAAGUACAGACUUAUUUAAUCCUGAUUUUGAUUAUUAGCUUUUUUAGUCCAGUCCAUAGGCUACAGCCUAUGGCGUUUGCUAUUAAAUACGGCCCUGUUACCAGCAAUAAUAAAAAUACAAAUUUUAAAUUUAUAUUUAUGAAUAAUCACUUCUUAUUUAUUAUAAUUAAUCACAUAAAUUUAAAGUAAAAAUAUUGUCUAAAUUUUUACUCAUUAUAACUAAAAAUAUAUUUAUAAUUUAGAGUUUAUAAUAUACUUGUUUGUUUUUAAUUAUAUUUAGUAUUCUAAUAACUUUAAUAUAUAUUGUUACAUGCAUAAGUUUAAAUAUUUAAUUAGAUGUACAAAAAAAGCAUAAAUGUAUAUUUACUCGAUGACUAAUUAUUAACUUUCAUGAAAAUUUAAAUUAUUAUGAAUGUGUAUUAUCUUAUUAGAAUAAUAUUUAAUUAUGUAACCCACCAGUACUGAAAACGCAUGGUCUAAAACUGUUGAGCAAUAUUGUAUAUAUUAUAUUAUAGUUAUUUAGGUAGGUACAAAUAAUUAGGUACUAUAAUUUUUUAAUUGUUCAAUUUUUAUUGUAAACUUGUAGAAAUAAUUUGGAAACAUAUGUUAAAUGUAAUGUACUAAGUACUUUAAAGAAUAAUUUUUUUAUAAUAUUAAAAUUAAAAUUUAAUAAAAAUCAUACAAUUUUUUUUUAUAGUUUUUAAUUUCAUCAAUAUUAAUUGUAUAUUAACUAGCUAAGUAAAUAAACAACUGUUUUUAUUAGGUAAUCUGUGAAGUAUUAUAAUUACAUCAAGUAUUAUUAGUAGUUUUACUUUAUUUGAAAAUAAAAACAAUAAC